UCAUAUCUUCUCGCCACCGUGUAAUAUCCUCUAUAUAUGACAGCCCAUGGUGUAAUACACGACAAUUAGCUACAAAGUAGUCACUUGGACACGGCCACUCUUAUUCACGAGCACUAGCACAAUAUUUUCAAUUACUGAAUCAAAAAUUAAUAUUUUGGAAAUAGCUCGCAAACAACUUCAGAAAUACCGUGCGACACCAUAGGACCACACCUGCAAAGUACUUUCAUUUCCUAGAUCCCUUGCUAACCAUAGGCUAUACAAACGUUAGGGUGGUAUUAACAGAGCAUUGUGUUUAUCGCCAAUUAACAACAUUUCAGUAAAAAUGAGGAAUGGCAUGCAGAAAAAGGCAUAGUUAUUGUUUACGGUCCUUCUCCUGUUAAAUCCCAAAAGUUUUGCCGGCUGUUAAUCACACUAAAUUAAGGAUCCAUAUGUUUACUCCUGAGCUGUUGGAGAAAAGCACGUGCAAUCUUGUAUGAAAGACGAAAGUUUGUCAACUAGGUCUCCUUUUCUUUCCCUGGAUUUGAAUGGUAUUUUAAAGUGCCACACGAUUUUUUUAGUAUUACCACGUUGAACUGACUAGGUUGUUCUUCCUUUGACAUAGACAUAGGUUGAAAGCUUCUGGUUGAGGGUGUUGUGGUCUCAAUUCUUCAGCGAUUUCUGCAACAAGCUUUUGCCUUUCGAACUCCUCGUCUUCUUGCAACAGAUCUCUAUGGUCAAGUUCAACUUGUAUACACUUAGGAUUAUGUUUACGUGUUGACUCAAACGGGCCUAGAGUCCAACAUGGGCUGGCAAUAGGUGAGCACGGAAUUGGAACGGGAGUCGGGGGAACUCCCUAUGAUGGCCUAUACGGGGAGGUUCCGCCCGAAAGGAGUAUCUUUUUCAGGCUUCAGGUGUAUGAAAGGGCGGGCAUUUCACUAGAUGAAGUAUAUAAAAGGGCGAGUGCGCUUAUUGCAGCCUUAGCAGCAUCUUUUGGUGGUUCUUAAAGAAAAAAGAACUAAGUUUAAGAAUUUAAGGAAAAAGUAGAAGGACUUAUUUUUUCAGAAAUUAAUAUACACGGGAGAAAUUUCACCCCCUUAAAUACAAAUGCUUAUUAAAGUAGAGGUGGAACAGUGGGGAGAGAGGGUGGAUGGUAAAGUAGGUUAAAAAUGUAGAGGUGAGAUGGAGCACAUUGUUCAAGAGGGUAUAAAUACAAAAAAAAAAACAAAAAAAACAGCAAUCUGGAGGCAUUUUUGAAGACUUAAUGAAAACGUUAUCAAACAAGAAAAACAGAGAAAUCUUGUCCAAUAAACCUCUCCGGCAAAUGUGUGGACAUGGUUGCAGACUGUUCAAUCGUGCUCUUCUCGACCCUUCGGCGUCAAGUUUUUUCAAUUUUCUUGCGACAGGAGGAGCAAAUCGGCUAUAUAAAGUUGAACUGAACACUAAGGUACUUUUAAGUAUCACUAAUUUUUACAAAACCCAGAGACAUGUUUUAAACACUGUUUAAGUUCAAAAAAGUUAUUUUUAUUGCAAGAAUGAAAUACUUUUCAUACACGUGAACGACACCUCGACCACAAUCACUCCUAGCCUCGUCCCCAGGACAUUCUUCUUAGAAAAUGACAGGGGCGGGAAAGCCCUGGGGACGAGGUUGAAUCCUGACUCCGUGUAGAAAGUUCUUUUUUCCCCAUUUAUAAUGCUCUUCAAACAAUCAUCAGAAAACUAUCUUUUACAACACACGGAUUAACCGGUAUGUAUAGUAUUUUAAAGGUAAGAAUUGAUUAGGGCAAGAUACACGGCUGUCAAAAAAAUAGAAAUAACAAAAACUAUCUUUGCAAGCUCAAAUAAACUGGAAAAGAACUUCAGAAAACAUCGCAAGAUAAAAUGUUAAAUAGAGAAAUUAAAAUAUCUCUGUACGUUAAGACAAUUGUUUGCAUGAAGAAGAAAAAAGAAUGAUGGAACAAAACUUCGACUUAUUUCGCUGGCUAUCUGGAAAUUUACGACGUGUCUUCCUGCCACAGAAGUUAUUUUGCCAGUAUGAUCCAGAGUGUGACCGGGGUAUUGACAAGACCUUAGGCUCGAUUUCCGCCCUCUCCCCGUCCGUUGGGGGCUCGUUUUCCAGAACAGCGGCUUACAAUCGAGCCUAACAAGACCUUGGCGCUCGCAAAAACCUGUGCCUAAAGCAGAUUGUCAUUUUAGUGUUAGCCUGUGUACACACUACCCUCCCCCCCUUGGGAAAAGCGGCCCCUUCUCCGAUUUUUCCUGAGAGGAGGGGGUCUGUACACAGGCUAUUUAGUGUCUGUGCCUUGGGCAGAUUGUCAUUUCAGUUCCGAAUACCCACCAAGCCUCGAAUACGUACUCUCGCUAAAAUGAGUUCAUUUUCAUUGUCUUUGCUACACUUGCUACACUUAGACAAGUGACAGCUGGCUAAGUGCGAGGUAAUAUCAUCCAUGCACUCUGUGACCAACACAUUUUCCUCCACACCCCUUCCGGGACCUCACUCUGUCUACGAUCUCUUUUCACAAUU